GUACACAGAAAGAGAGACGAGUGGGGGAAAACCAUACCGCCGACAACACGCGACAAGUUUUCCCACUUUUAGGCCAUUCCCACGCCAAUGAGUUCAGCUAAACCGCACACUGAGGUCUCGUGGACUGAAUCGAGAGGUUUUUGUGGGCAGACCGGAGGCGCGCUGCCCGUGAGUCUGUUGAUUAACAACGUGGACGAUUAACGCAACGCGGCCGAGACGCGCGUAUGCUCACACACUUCGGGAGCAUUGUGCUGGGAGCGAAGGCUCUGGGGGAAUACCAAUAACUGAUUUUUUGCACGGAAGACUUUGAAAAUACACGAAAGUGUGUGGAUAUUUAAUUUUGUGGCUGGUUUGAAAGGAGAAGCGAAGAAAUCGCGUUUUGGUGUACGCAUGUGUAUAGUAGAUGUCCAUUUUCCGACGCGUCUUGAAGGGCGAGCUGUCUCAAUAACAGAAACAUUUGGCAUUGCGUGGAACGACCUGUGGAAUAACGCCUGUUUAUUUGCACCUGUUCUCGGAGGCGUUACACAUCUGACACGUUUUUGAAGAUUUUAUCCUUUGGGAAACAGUUUUUGAUUUUCUGUGAGCGGUGGAAAUAUUGUUUUUGCAUUUACGACUAAGAUACCCACCCUGGGCUUUUAUUAUUUUAUAACAAAAAAUCUGCAAACUGGUAACAGUUACCCUUCAAAUCAGGGUUAUGAAAGAAUCGCAAGGUGCUAUACCCUUGGGGGUACCCCUUUCCUAGAAGUGUGGAUUUAUAUAGAAGAAAUGCAUACGUUUUAUUCCUCAUCUACUGAAAGCGAAAAGAUGCAGCGCAACAAUAGUUGAAAAUGACUCUUAUUUGUAUACGCAAGAUCGUGUUAUUUAAUAGUGAAUUCGGACAUGCUGUGUAGUGAACACUACUUAGACUGGACAUUAUCAAAGUGAAGCACGCCGGACCCCUGGGUCCCCUUCUUAGGGGGUCUCAUUUAAGUUGUCGCUGGGACUGAGACGGUUUUGGGGGGUGUAUUGAGUAGUUUGUUUCCUUUGUUUUUCAUCUAAACCGAUUUUGAACGCACCAGAGGUGGAUUUGAUUUCCAAAGCAAAGGAAAACGUGUCGCGAGGAAUAAUGCGGCUGGACGCCUCUGUGGUUGUUUUGGUCACGCUCGUCUACGUUGUGUGCCAGUGCGGAUCGAUAAAUGGAGAAAUUUGCCCCAGCACGGACAUCCGCAACAGCGCGAGCAACCUGCGCGUCCUCGAGAACUGCACUGUGAUCGAGGGCCACCUGAAAAUCCUGCUGAUGUUUAAGACCAGAAUGGAGGACUUCCAUGGCCUGAGCUUCCCCAAGCUGGUCAUGAUCACGGACUACCUGCUCCUCUUCCGCAUCUACGGCCUGGAGACCCUCUCUGACCUCUUCCCCAACCUCACCGUCAUCCGCGGCAACAACCUCUUCUUCAACUACGCCCUCGUCAUGUUCGAAAUGCUCCAGCUGAAGGAGAUCGGCCUCCACAGCCUGACCAACAUCACGCGGGGAGCAGUGCGCAUCGAGAAGAACCCCGACCUCUGUUACCUGUCCACCCUCGACUGGUCCAAAAUAUUGGACUCGGUGGAGGACAACUACAUAGUGGCUAAUAAAGACGAUCGCGAGUGCGGAGACGUUUGCCCGGGUACGGUUGCCGGCAUGAUCACUUGCGUGCAGACCACCAUCAACGGGAAUUUUGGCGAUCGUUGUUGGAACCAGGAUCAUUGCCAGAAAAUGUGCCCUUCCGAAUGCAAGAAUGGCGCCUGUACCCCCUACAAGGAGUGCUGUCAUGACCAGUGUUUGGGCGGCUGUGCCGCGCCGGGAAACGCAACCAAAUGCGUGGCCUGUCGCAACUUCCUGUUUGAAGAUACCUGCAUGGACCGUUGCCCCCCCGGCUACUACAUGUUCAAGGAAUGGCACUGCGUGUCCUUUCAAUUCUGCCAGGACCUCCACAAUCAGUGCAGGGGCAAGAGUGGCGAUUGCCACGAGUACGUCAUUCACAACGGGGCAUGUAUCCCAGAAUGCCCGUCUGGAUACACCACCAUGAAUUCCACCUCGUUGAAUUGUACACCGUGUGCUGGUCGCUGUCCCAAAAUGUGUACGGGAUUGAAGGUGGUGGACUCGGUCAUGGCGGCGCAGGCCCUGCGUGGCUGCACGGUGCUCAGCGGCAGUCUGAUCAUCAGAAUCCGAGGAGGAAACAAUAUCGCUGCCGAGCUGGAGUCCAGUUUGGGUCAGCUAGAGGAGAUCAUGGGGUACCUGAGCGUCCGCAGGGCGUACGCCCUCGUGUCUCUCUCCUUCCUCCGCAAGCUUCGGGUCAUCCGUGGAGAAGCCCAGGAACACGGAAACUAUUCCUUCUACGCCCUGGACAACCCGAACCUGAGACAACUGUGGGACUGGUCCAAACACAACCUGAAAAUCUUGCAGGGCCGGAUGUACUUCUUCCACAAUGCCAAACUCUGCAAAUCUGAGAUCCUCAGGAUGGAAGAGAUCACCGGGACCAAAGACAGGAUCCCCAAAAACGAAAUCAACAUCCCCACGUACGGAGACCAAGCGUUCUGUGAAAAUAAAGUUCUCAACUUUACUCAAAUCCGCACGUCCCAUGACAAGAUCCUCAUUAGGUGGGAGGCAUUCUGGCCACCAGACUUCCGAGAUUUGCUGGGGUUCAUGGUGUUUUAUAAAGAAGCGCCUUACAGGAACGUGACUGAAUUUGACGGACAGGAUGCUUGUGGAUCCAACAGUUGGGCCAUCGCUGACGUGGAGCCUCCGCAACGCUCCAAUGAGGGCAACGGGCAGAAAGAACCGGGCCUUCUUAUCAUGUCUCUCAAACCCUGGACCCAGUAUGCCAUCAUGGUCAAAACACAGCUCGCCGCCUCUGAUGACCACCAGCUCCGCGGGGCCAAGAGCGACAUCAUCUACGUCCGCACCAAUGCGACCCGACCCUCUGUACCUCUGGACCCCAAUUCCUCCUCCAACUCCUCCUCGCAGAUCAUUCUCAAGUGGAAGCCGCCCUCCGAUCCCAACGGCAACAUCACCCACUACCUGGUCGUCUGCCACAAACAGGAAGAAGACAGUGAGCUUUACAAAUUCGACUAUUGCCAGCAAGGGAUGAAAGUGCCGUCCCGUACGCCCACCCAAUUUGAAAAAGAGGAGGAAGAGAUUUGGAACCAAACGAAGGUGCCCGGCAUGACCGGCCGAUGCUGCAUGUGCCCUAAAACGGAGACGCAGCUGAAGAAAGAAGCAGAAGAGACGGAGUUCCGCAAGACCUUCGAGAACUAUCUCCACAAUGAAGUCUUCGAACCAAAACCCAACCGACGUCGCCGCUCAGUGGGCGUGGCCAAAGCCACCAUGCCGAACUUUCCGGAAACGCCCCCCAGCCUGCCCAACAUUUCCACCACACAGAGCCCGGAAGAGAAAAUCAGACGGCUGGUCAGUGCCAAAGAAUCCACUGUCAUCUUCAACCUCCUCCACUUCACCAGCUAUCAGAUCGAGAUCCAAGCGUGCAACCAUCCCAGGGAACCCAACCGCUGCAGCUUGCCUACAUUAGUCAGCGCCCGCACUUUGCCUGAAGCAAAAGCAGAUGACAUCGUGGAGCCAGUGAUGCAAGAAAUGCUUCCAGACGAACCAGAGUUUGUCUAUAUCAAAUGGCAGGAACCGAAAGCGCCCAACGGAAUGAUCAUACUGUAUGAAGUCAAGUAUAUCAGGAUGUCCGAUAACUACGAGGAUCAAAUAUGCGUGUCCAGAAUCACUUACGAGAAGAACCACGGAUGUCGAUUACGAGUAGGGCAUCCUGGUAAUUACAGCGUGAGAAUCCGCGCUACCUCGCUGGCCGGCAACGGCUCCUGGACCGAACCCUCGUACUUCUUUGUUCCAAACCGGGACACGAAUAUGAAAAUCAUCAUCGGUCCAGUCAUCGUCAUCUUCGUACUGCUGUUUCUGGCCAGCACAGUCUUUAUUGUUCUUAGGAAGAAACAAACUGAAGGACCGACUGGCCCCUUGAUUGCAUCCUCGAACCCAGAGUAUUUAAGUGCAAAUGAUGUUUAUAUUCCAGACGAGUGGGAGGUGCCUCGCGAGAAGAUCAGCAUCCUUCGAGAGCUCGGCCAAGGCUCGUUUGGAAUGGUUUACGAAGGCUUUGCCAAGGACAUCGUGAAAGGCGAGCCCGACACUCGAGUGGCCGUGAAGACGGUCAACGAGUCGGCGAGCCUCCGCGAGAGGAUCGAGUUCCUCAACGAAGCGUCCGUCAUGAAAGCUUUCAGCUGCCAUCACGUGGUUCGUUUGCUGGGCGUGGUGUCUAAGGGGCAGCCGACGUUGGUCGUCAUGGAACUGAUGACCCACGGAGAUCUGAAAAGCUUUUUGCGUAGCCUCAGACCUGAUGCUGAGAACAAUCCAGGACGUCCACCGCCCACCUUGAAGGAGAUUAUCCAGGUGGCGGCGGAGAUCGCAGACGGCAUGGCUUACCUCAACGCUAAAAAGUUUGUGCACAGAGACCUCGCAGCCAGAAACUGCAUGGUGGCCGAAGAUCUUACUGUGAAAAUUGGAGAUUUCGGCAUGACCCGAGACAUUUACGAGACAGAUUACUAUCGUAAAGGCGGGAAGGGGCUUCUGCCCGUAAGGUGGAUGGCGCCAGAGUCGCUCAAAGACGGCAUUUUUACCGCUCACUCAGACUGCUGGUCUUUCGGCGUUGUGUUAUGGGAGAUCAGCACACUCGCCGAGCAGCCUUACCAGGGUUUGUCCAACGAGCAGGUCCUCAAAUUCGUCAUGGAUGGAGGAUACUUGGAGAAACCAGAAAACUGUCCCGAGAGGAUGCACAACCUCAUGCAGAUGUGCUGGCAGUACAACCCCAAGAUGCGGCCCACCUUCCACGAGAUCAUCGAGAUGAUCAAGGAGGACCUGCAUCCAAGCUUCCAGGAAGUCUCCUUCUUCUACAGCGAGGAGAACAAAGUGCCGGAGAGCGAGGACUUCGACAUGGACUUCGAGAACAUGGAGAGCAUUCCACUGGACCCGUCAUCCUGCUCGCAACAGGAGGAGAGCCUCUGCAGAGACAACGGCCCCUCCCUGGGCCUGCGGGGCAAUUACGAGGAGCACGUGCCCUACGCGCACAUGAACGGCGGCAAAAACGGACGCAUUUUGUCUUUGCCCCGAUCCAGUCCGUCCUAACGUUGGCCGCCUUUGUUUUUAAAAAGGACAUUUUAUUUUUGCAGAGGCCCUUUUAAAGAUAUCAAUCUCAGGUCUUUUUUUGUUGUCGUUUCUUUCUCAUCAGUACACUAGCGUGGAUGCAGACUUUUCCUCCGAGACGGGGAUUAGAAACUGUGAACAUGACUACAUCAACCAGAAAGCUGCUUCGGCUACAUCACCUCGGAACUUCCUGUUCCCUCGGAUGCUUAUUUCCUGUUCCUGUUUGUUUUUCGCGUUUCAAUGGGAAUCUUUCAUGAUAGUGGCCUUUUAUUAAGUGGCCUAUACAGUGCGUGAUCGCUUCCUAAGAAAAUGACUUCAGUAUGGAACUACGCAAUGGCAUAUAUUCUUUCAGAACAACUCAUUUUCUUUAAGGAAUUAUUUUGUCUUGACUUCACCCAGAUGAUGUUUGCGUACCGCUGAAUGAGUUUUAAUUUAUUUGCUUGGUUUUUGAUUUUCCUGAGCUUUUUACUCCUGUGUCCUUUUUACCAGCUGAAGGAUAUUUAACAGUUACGAAUCGGACAAGAGUUCUUCAGACUGACCAAUAGCUGCUGCUCUGAUAUAUAGUGGGUAUUUUAUAUAUAUAUAUAUAUAUAUAUAUAUAGACACAGAUAUGUAUAUAUAUAUAUAUAUAUAUAUAAAAUAUUGUUCGGUAUCAGUAUUUUAAAUGUUCACAACUUUUGUACAUAAUUCUAAUGUCUUUUUCUAAGGUUUUUCAUCAGAGGCUUUGCUUAUAUGAUAUUUUUUUGCAAAUAAUGUUUUUUAAUAAGCUGUUUUUUUUAAUGUCUAACCAAAAAAACUGCAUCGCAAAUGUCGACUCACAGUGAUAUUCCAACAUACAGAGGGGAGCAUUUUUGGUUCGGUGGGAACGUAUAAAUUCAAAAAUUGAAAUCAAUGUUAAAAAUAUAAAAUAUAUAUAGAUAUAUUUCCUCAAAAGAAGACAAAUGAGUUUCUUAUGAUUAAAAUUCAAAAUUUGAUCCUUGGUAUUCUGUUGGUUAUAAAGAAUGUUUUGAGAAGGUUUUGAUGGUGUUAGUGUGAUAUGAAAGGUUGUCUUUGGCACGUUUGGCGGUUUACUUGUAUUUAGAGGCGUAAAAGAUAAAGUUGAACACUUAGUUUUCAUUAGACAGGUUUUUACGACCAUGUUGUUUUGUUACACCUGUAGUGCUGGCCAGCGAAGGAAAUCAGAAUGUGUUUACUUUGGGUUGCAUAUCGAAUAUAAACACAAAUUGGACGAUUUUUUUAUCAGAUCUUGUCAUUCCUUCAAGUUAACCCUGAUCCAAAUAUAGCUCCGAGGACCUUUAUGAAAACGUGAGUGUUCUUAGCAUACGGCUUUGCGGAAUGCCGGCCCUUUUUGCCUCCACAGCAAAUGGCCUUCACAUUUUAGUUUGGAAUAAGGGAAAUCUUUGAAGAUCAAGUAAGAAAAAAACUUCUCACUGUCAGGAUGACUGCGCGGUUUCUCUUAUCUUCACGGUUGACAGUUUUCGUAAACAAAUGUUCAAUAUCUCCACUUCGUGCCUUCUCUGAUGGCAACAGAUUGGUGACUUUUUUACUGGAUUCUCCUCGUCCGUCAUCCAGAAAUGCGCACAUUUCAUGUACAGUAUGUGCGUGUAUAUGUGUUAUGUAUGUAUAUUUAUUUGUGGUUGGGAGACAGAACAAGGAUAAAAUCAAUCCAGGCUUACAGAUUUAGAAUGUUUCACUAUUUCACACCCUUUUUUAUUCUGGUAACCUGAUAAAAAUGUUCCCUUUCUAUAUCUUAUUGGCUUUACGUUUGAUGUGUACAUAGCAGAAAGGACCGAGAAAAUGAAACUUAGCUCUUCAUUCGCCGCUAUGAAGAAAUUUCGUUUUGCGAAAAUUCACUUUUCUUUUGCUGUAGCUCUCAACAGACAUCUAGACCUAAAUUACAAGACCUUUGAAAAGGCAGAUAUUAAUAUUUUAUUUAUUUUAUGAUCCUCAUAAUUAUGUUAAUCUCAGCUAGAUUUUAUUUAAAUACUUAGUCAAUUUCGGGUUUUUUUUGAGACAGCUGGAGAGGUUAAAGAGGCAGCGGGUUUAUUACUACUUAUAUCUUUCUGUUGGUUGUUUGGACACAGUCUACCUCAGUAUGUUGUUAGAGCCGAGUUGCAUCUCUUUGUAGUUAUUACAGUUUCUCGACCGAUUUCUUAGAUUCGAUUUCUUAGACUCAAUCCCCAAAUCGGUUGUUCACAAGUCCCCCCAACAAAACAAAAACAAAUCACUGUUUCCCUUUUGUUUUUAUUUUAGUUUUUCUUCUGCUUUGGGAAGCCUGAACCCAAAGAUUCGCUUUGACGGGUCCUUUUUCUAAAUAAAAACGCAGAGCCAUUUUUUCGAAUUAAGUUAAAAGAUUGUUACGAAAUUCUUUAGUAUUACAAUGGCAUAAAAUUUACCUAUAUUUAUAUCGUAGGGUGUGUUUUUAUUGUAUGGCACACCGUUUGGCUCUGUAAUGCUAAUCAGGUAUUAUGAGGUAUUAUUUCCUCAUCUUUAAAAAAGCACUUAUUUAAAUACAAAAAUGAUCUUUAUUAAAGCCACUAUAAUGUCCUUAAUGGUUUUGGAUUUAACAUUAUAGGAAAUUAACUUUUCAAGUCACUACUGAAUCACAACAACUCAAAAGCUCCCAUUAAAACCGUAGUUGUGUUUAAUUGUUUUGUGAUUUGUGGAUAUUUUAGAGAACAAAAGUCCGAUCUUGUUGCCCCAAGUUCAAUGGCUCAAAUGCAGAAAAUCUGUUCACUGUUUCUUUGUUCAUUUUCUCCAAAUGUGAUUUUUGUCAAUAUGUUGUCUUUUUUCCAUGUGCAUCUGUUUUUCUACUGUGAAAUUUUCUAUCAAUGCCAUAGUUUGUAGUACACACGGACUUUACCUGCCUCUCCUUUUUUGGUGGACAGUCCUAUGUGCCAUAGAAAAAGAUUUUUGGGGGGUUUUGAGGAGGUUUGGGUUUCGUUUUUUGGAGGAGCAUCAAUAUCCACCGUUUGCUCAAUCUGUACGUGAAAAACUAAGAUGGCGAAACCAAACGGAAAACUGCAGAAACAAUCCCUCCUUUGGAUGUUGACUUCAUCUUUAAAGCAUGUUGCAUCUUUCGUUGCCUCUGCAUUGCAUUUCGGGGAAUGAAUUGAUCGCCCCCUGGUGGACAACAUAUGCGCAUCUACGGCUUUGAUCCACAGUGCCUUGCACAAAAACCUAAGUAUCCUCCAAGCCAAACCUGGCCAACAGACUCCCUGUACCGGAUUCUUUUCUUUACUUUCAGGUUAAAAAAUCCACUCUAUUGUACAAAUGAGAAGUUUUUUCAACAUGGGUACAGAAAACGUCUUUCUUUUACUUGGCUCAAUAUUACUGUAUUGGUACAUGUGAAUGAUUUUCAAUUUUGUUUGUUUCUAUUUUCAACUAAGCUGAACUUGUCUCUGCUUUGAUGUGAUCUGGCUUGUGUUCCUAACAAACCACUCGGCAUUGUGGGAUAGAUUCACUGUUGCCCAGAUGACAACUUUGGCAGCUCCCAAUGUAAAAAUUUUCAGAAAGAUAAAAGAAUAUAAUUUUGAUAAAUACUGUCUAAUUUUGGUUAAACUUUCGCUAGUAGCCCCAAAUGCGUUUUUCUACAGCGAGCUAGAAAACAUACAAGGCAUUGUAUGUAUUCUAUUGUUUUUAAAAAGGAAAAAGUAUUACGCUUAGAGAUAUUCAUUUCUAUUUUUUUAGUCCGAAUAGGAAGGGCAAAUUCAGUGACUUUUUUGACUGUAAACUUUUACUAUUGAUGUACAUUAUGGAGUUAACAUUAUCAAUGUAUAUAGCUUUCUUUUCGAUGGAAGCGGAAUGUCGUUCGUUCGAGGCAUCGAUUUUACUUUUGCAGAUUGGGCGAAACUGAUCGGAUGAAAGUCGUUCGGUGUUUGACCUCAAAUGUUCCUUGUACGACCUUUGCAUUGUUGUUUCGUUUGUUUUGUUUUCAUGUACAACUACUUGUUUGCCAUCCGAGAAAUGAUUGCAUAUCCUUUGUCAGCGUUUUGUAUCUGUAAAUUGUUGCCCUUUGCUGUGUAUAAUACGGAAAAUUCCUCUACAUGCUGAAUUCAUAAAGAUGACCGUUUAAAUAAACAAUCGUUUUUCAAUGUGAAAACCGGAAAAGACCACUGCAGUUUCCUUACAGAUGUUAUUUGCGUUGUGCUACAGUUUACCAAAAAUAACCACAAUUGACAUAUUCAGUAAAUCUACAAUUGACAUCUUACACAAAUAGGAUAAUGAGAACAGAAGAGGCACAGAUUUGGUUAAAAUGCCGCUGGUCUUGAAGGCUUGCCGUUGUUUGCCAUUAGUUUAGCUUUCAUCAUUUCACUUGUUUUGUUUGAUCCCUGCUGCUCCUUGUUACAGUUUUUCUGUUUUAUUUUAUUCGUUCUUCGUGCACGUAGGCAAUCCCCAGAGCUGUUAUCUGUUUAUCUAUAAUGUAAAAAAUAUACUGAUGUAUAUUUUUAUACAUUAUGUAUAUUAUUUGGAAUCAUAAGGCGAUGUAUGUGUGAAAAUGUAUGAACCACAACUGCCCCUGAAAUAUUUCACCUUGCUGAAUUUGUGCCAUUGCCGUUGCUGUGCAUGAUCAUGUGAACCACAGUCAUAUACUUACAUGCAACAACAAAAAAACAUCUGACCGAGAUCAAACUGUGCCAUGACAAACUCAUUUUUACAGAUUGACAGUUUAGUGACUCAACGAGAGCCGGGCAGUGGCGUGUACAGUAAAUGUUGGAAUGGUAUGAAAAUAAAUCUUGCUGUGUGUAAAUUAUUCAACAAUUAACUGUUUAUAUGAAAUUUAUGAAUUAAAAAAUUGUUACGAAAGAAACGUUUUGGAGUUUUGAUUUUAGUUUGCACUUGAAAUCAUUUCAAAGGGGCAGCCUGAUCUCACAGGAAUUCGUAACUAUUUUACGAUGUGGCUAAUUUGUAUUAAUUCGUACAGUUGAAUCGUACAAACUGUACGACUAUGAGGGGGUAAAGCAAUGAGUGCCCUCCCAUCACUGGCGCAAAAAACAGAUCCUACUAAAACGCACGAAUGAGAUCGUACAAGUUCGUACGAAUUAGCCACUUCGUAAAAUAGUAACAAAGUGACGUGAGGUUUUGUUGGAUGUGGACGAUUUUCAUCAAAGCGAUUUAAAAUGGACAAAUUCGGUUCCUAUAUUUACUGUAUGGAAAUGAGGCCAGUGAAUUCUUUAGAAAUCCGAAAAAAUCAAGUCAAAUGAGGGUUCAUAAAUUAAUUUUUUCAUUUGAAGUGCUACUCAUUUCUUCCUAACCUGGGGAAACGAGAUAUUUUUUCUCAGCUGGUUCAGCAAGCUUUUGAAAAUGGUUAGUUCACCAUGUCAACCACAAGCUUAUGGGUUCCGUUUAGCUUCUCGUCCUCUGCACUCAUAAGUCGUAGAGCUAAAAUAUGUUUUUUUUUGGAAAAGGCUCGGUCAUAUUGACCUGUGCACUUGCAAGACAUUUCUGAGGUUUACCGUUUUCCUACAGUUUCAAUUGUUACAUCCGUCAUUUACGUUGUAAUUGUGUCACCUCACCUCUGUAGUUCUCGGCACUGUAUGCGUUUGCAGUUGCAAUGUGUGUAUUUGAGUCUGAAGAGGAAGUUGUAACCGAGUUGUUCGUUUUAAGCUGUGGUUAGCACUGCGCUCUGCUCUUUUCGGCUGUUAACAAGCAGUCCGUUUCGUCUUAUAGUUGCAGAAUAGUUGUUUUUCAGUUUUAGUUCUUUGGGUGAGUAGUUUCAUUUGUUUGUUGAAUAUGUUAUAAAUGUUUAAAUGUAAUUCAUUUUGACAAAAUUGAGUAGAAGACCAAAUGACUCGAACUGAUGUUCGAUUUGAAUUGAAUCCGAGCAAUGCAUUGUCUUCUGGUAAUGCAGAUAAGCUGUGAUGCUUGAGUUUUGAGUGAAGCAUUGACAUCUUCAGUAUGCGUGAGCUCUUUCUGUUGUCUUUUUUGAAUAUUUGAUGCUGCUUUUCAGCCAUUAUUGCUUCACUUCUUUGUCAAAGUUUCUUAUAAGGAACUGUGUAAGCAGAAACGCAGUGGUAUUGUGUUGCAACAGCAUGAGAGAGUUGAACAUAUUUUUGGUUUUGUUUUGGAAAUGAACUUGUUUUUUUAAAGAGGAACCAACAUGAUGUUUGUGCCGUGUGGUGCAUGACAGGUGCCGCUGUUCACUUUCAUUCUUAUAAACAAGGUCACGCGUGGUUACUUUACACAUUACGGUUUUAGUCCAAAUUAGGUUUUUUAACAGAUUAAGCGAGAAACAAGCACAAUAAAAAGGAUCUGUUUGAGAGCUGGGUUGUUUUGGAGGAUGUCUUUAUAGUUUUGUGAAACUGAAAAAAUGCAAAGCUGAUGUGCCAUAUCUUGAACUUUCUUCUCAUGCCACACGUCACUCCCAACUUCCUUCCCCUUACAUAGUGUUUUUUCUUGAUGCCGUACCAUUGUACUAUAACAAAGGGUCUUGUAAAUAAUGUUGCAUAUGAAUGGAAUAAUCAGACUGAUUAGACAUUUAAACAUGUUAAAUGCAUAAAAUAUUUUGAUUGCCCGACUCUAAAAAAUCAGCAGUGGUUGAUUUGAUGUAAUUUGUAUUUAUUUUUGAUUAUUAAAACAGC